AUGCAGAAAAAGUUUGAGAUGAUUCUGAUGGGAGAACUCAAGUUCUUCCUGGGUAUCCAGAUUAAUCAAAGUUUAGAAGCAACAUAUAUCCAUCAAAGCAAAUAUACCAAAGAACUUAUGAAGAAGUUUGACAUGUUAGAUUGCAAGAUAUCUAAAACUCCAAUGCAUUCCACGUGUAUUUUGGAGAAGGAUGAGGUAAGCAAUAAGGUAGAGCAAAAGGUAUACAGAGGUAUGAUAAGUUCUCUCUUAUACUUAACUGCUUCUAGACCUGACAUUUUAUUUAGUGUCUAUUUAUGUGCUCGCUUCCAAUCAGAUCCUAGAGAAUUCCACUUAACAGUUGUUAAGAGGAUAUUUAGGUAUCUGAAAUGUACUACUAACAUUGGCUUGUGUUAUAGAAAAUCAAAAGAGUACAAGCUAGUAGAUUAUUAUGAUGUUGAUUACGUUAGAGAUAUACUAGAAAGAAAAAGCACUUCUAGAAGCUAUCAGUUUUUGGGAGACAACUUGAUCUCAUGGUCCAGCAAGAGGCAAUCGACAAUUGCACUAUCAACAACUGAAGUUGAAUAUAUUGCAGCAUCUAGAUGUAGCACUCAAAUCCUCUGGAUGAAAAGUCAGAUAUAA